GCCCCCCAGAAUGCUGCGCGACCCUCAUGCUCUAAAACAAACACCCUCAAUGCCCCCCCGAAUGCUGCCGCCCCGGCCAGAUAAUGGCCGUGCCUGGGGUGGGCUGGCGCUGCUGUCUUCAUUCAGUUUCGGGUGUAGCUGUUGAAAGGAGAAACCCAUUUUGAUGGGCAGUUGGUUAUGUAUGGAAGGUGUUCUGGGAUGAACCAUGAGGGAAGAGCUGCAGGCAGCCCUAGCCCUUCCAGCGCUGCAAACAGAUUGAUCUGGUCGAUCAGCUACCAUACCACCUUUUCAGUGCUGCUGUGAUCGCCUUCGUAUUGUCUGUUGCCUUGUCGACAAUGGCCGCCUCCCACACAGCGGCAGCUUGCUCUGGUGCAUUAGCUGCUAUGGCUAUGCCCAGAUCGUCUUCUCUCAGAGACCCUCAGGUUCACUUUUCAACACCAGGAUCUUCUGCUACUAUGUUGCUGAGAUCAGGGACGAAAGGAAUUGCGCAGAAGUGCACGGCGUCAGCUGCUGCAUCGUUACCGUGUACUUCGUACUCGUUCUCGUCGCUCUCAACCUGUCCUUCUCCCAGUGCCAGUGGGCAGAGGAGGUCCUCUGUUAUUGCUGGACUGUCCUCGUCUGCUUGUUCUGAUGCCUCUAGGCUCAGUCACAUGGAACUUGCCGCCUUGCAUCACCCGCGUUCAGCUUCUGCGGGAGCAUGGACACCUAACAAAGGAAGCCGGAGUAAUGUGGACUUCAAAGUACUUGCAUCGACCGAGCCGGCUGCAGACCGCGGGUCUUCGAACGACGAGCCAGAUACGAACGAUGGUGAUGCUAGCGCAUUGAAAUGCGACGAGACUGACCCAAAUUCAAGCAGCGAUGGGACACGCGGUGAUAGCUCAGAGUACUCAGCGGAGUGUCAUAAGGUGCAACUGCAUCGACGGAGACUUGUUGUCUGUAGUGCAUGCGCGUCAGCUGCUGUCGCUUUGAUGGGUCAUCGGGAUGAUGAGGCUCGUGCUGAAGGGGAGUCGCCACAGCGAUCGAGCCGCAAAAUGGAUGCUCAACCUGCAGUGUGUAGGAACUGCAGUGGCUCAGGAGUUAUUGUCUGCGACAUGUGCGGAGGGACAGGGAAAUGGAAAGCCUUGAACAGAAAGAGAGCGAGUGAUACCUAUGAGUUUGUGGAGUGCCCCAACUGUUAUGGAAGGGGCAAGCUGGUUUGCCCAAUUUGUUUGGGAACAGGGCAAGCAAAUGUGCGAGGCUUGCUUCGGCGGCCAGAAGCAAAAGAGCUGCUGGACCAAAUGUACCACGGGACAAUUCUCCCCAAGUAAAUGUCACUGUAAAACAUUUUUCGUGCGAUACUCACCACUUUCAGAUUCAACAGUGUGAAGGGGGUGGAUUUCAGGGUGGGGUCAAGGCGAGGGUAUUGAGUUGGAUGGACACAUGGACACCCACUUGCACUCUUGAAGCUGAUCACUGACUGUUCGAUUGUUAAUCUGAAAUUUCAAAUUUGUUUGAAAGUAUCUUUUAUUAUCGAUGUUGUGACAUC